ACACAACACGUUUUCGUUGCAGUAUACUAAGUGACUAUGCCUGUCUCCGGCAAAGAACCAACAAUUUCCAAAACCAACUUGCAAGUAUGUCGUAUUAUUACCAGGAAGAACAGGUACAAAAUGACCAAGAAUUGAAGAACGAACUUCCUUGGUUGGCGGAUCGUAUUCAUCAUGGUCGUUCGACAGUCUACUGUGCGUUAGGAUUUGCAGGUUUGAAAUUGGAGAACGCUUUUGGAUGGCUGUUGUCCAAAGAACGUGCCACUGUUUCCGUUGCUAAACAAGAAAUAUUCUGUUCCGACGAAAGAAAGCUCCCCGGAAUUGCCUAUGUUGCUGUUGGUGGUAUGGCAGGAAAUAUUUUCGCUAGAAAUAGGAUUGCGCCUGCACGCUGGCUUGUUACUUCAUUAGCUACUGCCGGAACGUUUGUUUAUUGUUUUCCUAAAACUUCUAAAAAGUUUGCGACAUUCACUGAAACUCGUUUCCCUGCUCUACGUGAACGUCGAGAACAACUGUCCCGGCAAACUCGUGAAACCCUUCAAAACACUGAGUCUUCUGUAAGCAGGUACACAUCACUUGCUCAGAUUCAUUAUCAGCAACUCGUUGACCGUAUCUAUAAACGCUAAGCAUUAGGCUUUUAACUACGUGUUGAAGGUUCCUUGCUAAGCGUACAUGGUAUCUGGUAUGAUUAUCGACAUUUACGAUCUAUCCUUUGUCUUUUUCUAUCUUUCUUAUACAUAAUAUUUCCCCUCCUCUUUUUUGCUUUGUGCUUAUGAUUAUAGUUUGGAUGCCUCAAAGCAAUGGUCAAUGUUUUGACAGAGCAGUUUUUAUAUUUUCACAUACAAGAGCCGUAGUAAUAUAAUUUUUUUUUACUUUAUUACGAAUAGAACA